AUGACCCAACAGGAGGAUCUGCCCACCGAAGGAAUCUACAUUUGGCGAGGAGGCCGCAUGCCCGACAGCGAAGAACGUGAAAUGGUCAGGUUUGGUCUGUUUUAUCCACAUCCAAGCGAGAAGGGUCCGGAGGGACUCUCAACCCUGGAUCUUCAAAGUUGCAUUUUCACUGACAAACCACAUCUAGGAGGCAUCAGAUGGACCUACGUCGCGGAAGAUGAGGACAACAUCAAACUCGAUUAUACCAAUGCCAGUUUCUGCAGCAUGGAGCAGACGACGCCAACAUGGGCUCAAGCCUUCUUCGAGCGUUAUGAUGUGGAUCCAAAGGAAUGCGCACAAGCUCGUUAUGAUAAGAACUUGGAAGAA